AUAAUUAGACCUCUGGCAGAUAGAGGCAUAAGGAUGGAAGGGGAAAAAGAUGACCCAGAUUGCAUACUAUGAAAUCAAUUCCUAGACUGGCCAUAGUGAUCUAGAGCAGUCAUGAGCAACCUUGGCCUCCUAGCUUUUCUGUCUCUUUUUUCCUAAAUUUUAGUACAGGUAGAUAACAGGAGGAAGGAAAAUUUGCCCUUUUGAUAUACAAAUCAAUCUCUCACAUUCUUAACAAUCACUAUGCUCAUUUACUUAGAGGUUUCGGUGAAUUUAAAAUCUGUUCAAAUUUUCAAAAGUAGCAUUCAGAUCAUUAAGUUAGAUCAGCCAUGCUAAAAUUAUAUAUAUUUAAAAAAAAAAGAACAAAAAAACUAUCUCAUUCUUCCCUUAGCUGAAGUGUCUACAGCUUGAUCACUUAUUGUAAAAGUUUUUGUUCUAAUUUAUAAAACAAUCGUAGAAAAUUUAUGAACUAUGGAAAAAUGUAAAAGAGAAAGCAAAAAUCACGUCACACUACUGUGUAGAAAUCGCAGUGUUAAAUUGUUGAAUUGUUUUUCUUUUUCUUUGGCUGUCAGGAGGUCCAGAAUUAGGUUAAUCAUAAUCCUUGACUCAUGACACUAUUGAUACUGAUUCUUUCAUGGCUGUCUUUUUGAUUGGUGAUUAAACACUACCAUAAACAUCUGUGGCCCUCCCACCUCAUGCCUGUAACUAUACUUCCAGCAGCUUAUAUCUACUUACACGCUUUUCCCCCAUUCCAGUCACAAAAAUUGUUAGUGAAUAGAAUUGGUUUUUAUUAAUAAUAAUAAUUAGAUCUUUUAUUAAUAAUGUCAUGUACAAUAACUAUCAUUUCUUUGCCCAAGAUAUUUAAUGUAGUUAAGAAGAAAGAGUUAGUGAUUACUGAGUACCUAUUUUGUGCCAGCCUUUGCUAGAUUUUAUUUUUUAAUACAAUGCCUUUUUUUUUUGUAGAAGUGAUUCAUAGCAGCUAUGAAUAGUCAAGCAAGGCAGAGUGCUGAGAAAGUAAAAAUGUCACACAGAAUUCCACCACCAGUAACAUUCUUUCUCUCUCAGUGCAUGUAUGUACAAAUGGAUGAAUAAAACAAAAAUACUUUUGUAGGAAUGAUACCAUGUCUGUGUGGCAGUGCCCCAUGUUUGCUGUGCCGAUGCUGCCCUAGUGGAAACAAUUCCACUGUGACUAGGUUGAUCUAUGCACUUUUCUUGCUGGUUGGAGUGUGUGUAGCUUGUGUAAUGUUGAUACCAGGAAUGGAAGAACAGCUGAAUAAGAUUCCUGGAUUUUGUGAGAAUGAGAAAGGUGUGGUCCCUUGUAAUAUUCUGGUUGGCUAUAAAGCUGUAUACCGUUUGUGCUUUGGCUUGGCUAUGUUCUAUCUUCUCCUCUCAUUGCUAAUGAUCAAAGUGAAGAGCAGCAGUGAUCCUAGAGCUGCAGUGCAUAAUGGAUUCUGGUUCUUUAAAUUUGCUGCAGCGAUAGCAAUUAUUAUUGGGGCAUUCUUUAUUCCAGAAGGAACUUUUACAACUGUGUGGUUUUUUGUGGGUAUGGCCGGUGCCUUUUGCUUCAUCCUCAUACAGCUAGUCUUACUUAUUGAUUUUGCCCAUUCAUGGAAUGAAUCCUGGGUUGAAAAAAUGGAAGAAGGGAAUUCGAGAUGUUGGUAUGCAGCGUUGUUAUCAGCUACAGCUCUGAAUUAUCUGCUGUCUUUAGUUGCUGUAGUCCUGUUCUUUGUGUACUACACUCAUCCAGACAGUUGUGCAGAGAAUAAGGCAUUCAUCAGUGUGAACAUGCUCCUCUGCAUUGGUGCUUCUGUGAUGUCUAUCCUGCCCAAAAUCCAAGAGUCACAACCAAGAUCUGGUUUGUUACAGUCUUCGGUAAUUACAGUCUACACAAUGUAUUUGACAUGGUCUGCUAUGACCAAUGAACCAGAAACAACCUGCAACCCAAGUCUGCUAAGCAUAAUUGGCUACAAUACAACAAGCACUAUUCCAAAGGAUGGGCAGUCUGUCCAGUGGUGGCAUGCUCAAGGAAUUAUAGGACUAAUCCUCUUUUUAUUGUGUGUGUUUUAUUCAAGUAUCCGUACUUCGAACAAUAGUCAAGUUAAUAAACUGACUUUGACAAGUGAUGAAUCAACAUUAAUAGAAGAUGGUGGAGCUAGAAGUGAUGGAUCACUGGAGGAUGGAGAUGAUGUUCACCGAGCUGUAGAUAAUGAAAGGGAUGGUGUCACUUACAGCUACUCCUUCUUUCACUUCAUGCUUUUCCUGGCUUCACUUUAUAUCAUGAUGACUCUUACCAACUGGUACAGGUAUGAGCCUUCUCGUGAGAUGAAAAGUCACUGGACAGCUGUCUGGGUGAAAAUUUCUUCCAGUUGGAUUGGCAUCGUGCUCUAUGUUUGGACACUGGUGGCACCACUUGUUCUUACAAAUCGUGACUUUGACUGACGGGGACUUCUGGCAUGAAAGUCCCACUUUGAUCAUUGCUUAUUGGAAAUUAGCAGUAUUCCCAACUUUUGUAAAGAGUGUGUGUGUGUGUGCGUGCUUCCCAUGCAACUUCUUCAGUGUUGGUCUGGCAUGAAUUAGAUUUUAUGGCUUGCCAUUUUAUUCAUUAUUUUCUUGCCAAGCCCAUUGAUAUGUGUGUUUGAAUGAAUUGUAGGGGAGAGUUUUAUGAAUAUGAUGGUGAGUUAGGAAAGGUGUACAUUCUUAGGUUUAUCCACUGCUGUGUACCUCUGGAAUUAUACUAAAAGCGAAACUGCUUGCUUGACAGGUUGAUUUUAAAACUAUGUUAGAACUUAAGCUGUUUUAGAAAGUAUUAGUGGAAACGUAUGACUGCCUUUUGAAAUUCUGAUGCCUUGCCUUACAGGAGACUACAAAUAACUUCGCUAUUCUAAGAUUGUAUAACCAAGUCACUUAAAUGCUGGCUGUCUGAAAAUUCUUGUCAGGUUUUCCCCUUGAUCUGAAGAAAAGAAACAAAGGUAGAGAAUUGUUUGAUGGACAGUGUAGGUUUUGCAUGAAGGUUGAGGCACAGAGCCUUCAAAGAAAGUCGGAUUGGCAAUGGCGGGUACUAAGUUUAAUACCAAUUAGAUUGUAAUCUUCCCUGGGUAGGGCUGGCCUUUUUCCAUACCUACACAGUGAACUUUGCUUUAGUCAUUAUAAACACAUGCAAAAGGAUUAGACAAAAAUUUUGAAAAGGAAAAUCAUGGGUUAGAAGUAAGUUACUUAAAAAGACUUUGGAAGUUAGUUUUGAAAAACAAAGGUGGUAAACUUUUGACUGGGCAGGAAGAAACUGCAAAAUACUGUGUUUCAGUAGGUAUACUUAGGUAAAAUUGAGUCCAGUUCUCUCACUUUAAAAAUGAGAAAACUGAAGCAGACUUAAAUAGCUAAUACAGCUAAUGAGUGGUUAAGCUGGGAAAUUCCAAGUCUGCCAGAAAUAACUAGCAUUCUUUCUGGCAUUCAAAAAUAAUUUCUUUUCAAAAUACAUGCAUAUUAGACUUUGCACCUCAUUAGUGGUGGGUAAUUUAUGUGAUUUGGGUUGCUGGUGGCCAGCAUGUUUUCUACCUGGAAACUCAGGCCAGGCGAAUGAUAAAGUGCUGUGGAAUAAACUGCUUACAGUACGCUGUACAGUUUGAGUUUAAAAUGUUUUUGUAUUUGCUGCCAUGUAAAUGAAGUAUGUGUUAUUAUAAUCUUUCAGCCUGAAAAUCAAGCAGUAUGACAAUUAACUUAGAAACUCUUAGUUACUUGUACGUGUUACUAGUCUUAAUGAAGCUUUUAAAAACUACAUUUGCCUCUUUUAAAAUAUUUAUUAUAUAAGUGGAAUAUAACAAUUGAACGUAAUUCCCUAACCUUGUCUGUACUGAUAUUGUGUUCUAAGAUUUUGAAUGGCUGUGUUCUAUCUAUAAAUAAAUGAAUUCAGACAAA